UCCGUGGGGAGUAGUUGUGUGUGGAGCCCGUGGAAUAGGAGGUGUAUCGUCAAGCGCGUCGUUCAGACUUGAUUGUUACAGUAAGGAAGCUGUCAACACAGAGCUGACUGUAUUUGCGCGUUUAUUGCUUUGCUCAAGGCGAAGGAAAAUGAUUGGGAAUCUUGAUUUCCAUAAACUUCUGCGCGCAUCUCAAUCGCAACAAACACACUCAGCGUGCUCAGUGUAAUACCAACGCUGCUGUUUACUAUUGCAACAAGAUACGCAAAAUAGGAAAAGACUGUCACUAUAAAUCAAGGAGGAGGGUACGUAAUGAGAUUAGUCUGGACCUUGUUUACCAGUUCUGAUUCAUAUCAGGCCCUGCUGUCUUGACUGAAUUACAAACGCAAGUGACUGACCAGCUUCUGUGGGAUUUGAUGUCACCUUUAGAUCGGUUCAAUUGAAGAUGGAAACACUGGAGUCCGAGCUGACGUGUCCAAUCUGCCUGGAAUUGUUUGAGGACCCUCUCCUGCUGCCCUGCGCCCACAGCCUGUGCUUCAACUGCGCCCACCGCAUCCUGGUCUCGCACUGCUCCAGCACCAAGCCUCUCGAGUCCAUCUCUGCCUUCCAGUGCCCCACCUGCCGCUACGUCAUCACGCUCAAUCAGCGCGGCCUGGAGGGCCUGAAGCGCAAUGUGACGCUGCAGAACAUCAUCGACCGCUUCCAGAAGGCCUCCGUCAGUGGGCCCAACUCCCCCAACGAGAGUCGUCGGCCGCGGCCCUACAGCGCCACGCUCGGCGGGAGCGCGAGGGGCAGCCCCGCCAGUAGCGCCAUGUCCCUGGAGCGCGUUGGCUGCCAGUUCUGCGAUCAAGAGCCCCCGCGGGAGGCGGUCAAGACGUGCGUGACUUGCGAGGUGUCGUACUGCGACCGCUGCCUGCGGGCCACGCACCCCAAUAAGAAGCCCUUCACCAGCCAUCGUCUGGUGGAGCCGGUGGCGGAUGCUCAGCUGCGUGGGCUGGCCUGCUUGGAGCAUGAGAACGAGAAGGUGAACAUGUACUGCGUGGUGGACGACCAGCUGAUCUGCGCUCUCUGCAAGCUGGUGGGACGGCAUCGCGAGCAUCAGGUCACCUCGCUUAGUGAUCGUUUCGACAAGCUUAAGGCUUUUCAAGUGAGCCCUGCCAGAGUUUCUGAAGCGGUUAUGGAGGCAUCAAAGACAAGCGCCGCGCAAACCCUGGAGAAUAACUUAACCAAUCUGGUGAAGAGGAACAGUGAGCUGGAGAACCAGAUGGCCAAACUCAUCCAGAUUUGUCAACAGGUGGAGGUGAACACAGCCAUGCAUGAAGCCAAGCUGGUGGAGGAGUGUGAUGAAUUGGUGGAGAUAAUUCGCCAGAGGAAACAGGUCAUUGCUGUCAAGAUCAAAGAAUCCAAGGUGAUGAAGCUGAGGAAGUUGGCUCAGCAGAUUGCGAACUGCAGACAGUGUCUGGAGCGCUCGAGUGCCCUCAUCACACAGGCUGAGCACAGCCUGAAGGAGAACGACCACGCCCGCUUCCUCCAGACGGCCAGGAAUGUGGCUGAGAGAGUUGCCAUGGCCACCGCCUCCUCCCAGGUCCUCAUCCCAGACGUCAAUCUGAACGAGGCCUUUGACAAUUUUGCCCUUGAUUUCUCCAGAGAAAAGAAAAUCCUGGAAGGACUGGAUUACUUGACAGCACCCAACCCUCCCUCUAUACGUGAAGAGCUCUGCACGGCCUCUCAUGACACCAUUACAGUGCACUGGACUUCUGAAGAUGAAUUCAGCGUCACCUCCUAUGAGCUUCAGUACACCAUCUACACUGGCCAGACCAACUUCAUCAGUCUGUAUAACUCUGUAGAUAGCUGGAUGAUUGUGCCCAAUAUCAAGCAGAAUCACUACACAGUCCACGGCCUACAGAGCGGCACCCGUUACAUCUUUUUCGUCAAGGCUAUCAACCAGGCAGGCAGCAGAAACAGUGAACCUGCUCGCCUCAAAACCAACAGUCAGCCUUUCAAACUGGACCCCAAAACGGCCCAUAAGAAGCUGCGCCUCUCCAAUGACUGUCUGACCAUGGAGAAGGAUGAAAGCUCCCUAAAGAAGAGUCACACUCCAGAACGCUUCAGUGGAACAGGAUCCUACGGUGCCGCUGGCAACGUCUUCAUCGACAGUGGCUGCCAUUACUGGGAGAUUUUACUGGGAGCCUCCACAUGGUACGCGCUUGGUGUGGCCUACAAGUCAGCACCCAAAAACGAAUGGAGCGGUAAAAACUCAUCGUCAUGGGUUUUCUCACGCUGCAACAACAACUUCCUGGUGCGGCACAACAACAAGGAGUCCAUCGUGGAAGCUUCGCUACAGCUGCGGAGGGUGGGAGUGCUGCUGGACUACGACAACAACACCCUGUCCUUCUACGACGCCAUGAACUCCCAGCACAUAUACACUUUUGACGUUUCCUUCCUGCUUCCGGUGGCACCAACCUUCAUGAUCUGGAAUAAAUCAUUGAUGAUCAUGUCAGGACUGCCCGUGCCUGACUUCGUGGACUGCAGCGAGCAGCAAGAGGGCAUCUGUCGCCAACAGGAUUCGCCCUAUGUGUCUGGAAUGAAGAGCUGCCACUGAGGCAUCAUGGGAGAUGAUUAUUCCAGAAGGUUUCCUUGGCCCUCUUCUUUUCCUGGUUUCCACAGCUAGGUUGAAGUUGGAUCUUUAGUUGUUCUGGUCACAUAAAUGAGCGGUUAAUGAGUGCUCUCAGAUUUAAACAGCUGAAAUGGGGGGAAUUAAAUUGUAAAUUAUUUAUGACUAAACGUCAGUUUGCUUUUUGUCAGUUUUAAUGUAUCCCUAAAAGCACUUUUUAGAGUUGAAUCUGUUGCCCCUGUGUAUAAAAAGACUUGCUAACUUGAGACAGGGUUGGACUUCCUUUUGGACCGAAUAUAGUGGAUUAUAUUAGGAUGACAGAUUGGUGUUUCUACUAAGGGUUGCAUUUAUUAUCUGAUGGGUCUAUAACACUCUUUUCAUAUUCAGGGAGAAAAGAUGAUUCUUUGGUUUAAAAUAUGUCUGAAGAUGAUGGCAUGAUAUGUAUUUCCUCUGUGAUUUGUUCUCACUAUCUCAGUUUCUGUUUAUUUGUGAAAAGCAUGAGGCACAAGUUCCCCAGGUGUUUUUAACAUUUAUCUUUAAUAACUGAUAUACGGUGUACAACAGAAUCCCAUCUGUGGAGGUGUUCGUCCAUUGACACGCAUUCAGACGUCAUCAGGAACUGAAUUUCAAAACCAUAGUGCAUAUAUAUCACACAUCCAUUCAUUCAGAAAUAUAUUGAAUCAAAACAUUUUGUUGCAUCAUUUGUAAUGAUUCAAAUGAUCGUCCAAAGCAAAUACAGUUUAGUGGAUUUAUUUUCUCAAUAGCUGUGAUGAAUCUUACGUGAUCUUCCGCAGUGUGACGUUCAGGGCUGUAAUAAGGACACCCGCUUAUGGGUUCAGAUAAAGACAAUCACUUGUGCUAGUGCAGGCAAAAAAAUCAAGUGUGUAGCAAGAGAUCUUUGCAAUAGCAUGCUAAACUUGAGAUACUUCCUUGAAAAAGUGGUUUGUACUUUGGGAAGUAUUCGUACUACUGACGCCACUGUCCUGCUGCAGUUUUUGCUUUGUGUCAGUAGGGAUUUUCUCUUUGCUCUGCUGAAUGUACAUGAUUGCUUUGGUUCUUUUUAUAUCUUUCUGAUUGAAAGCACAGAGCAUUACCAUCAGAUCCACUUUGAAAGCACAGGAAGUAUGUGAGUCAGUCGUUAUUUGUGUUGGCAAGGACACAAAACAGACAUUUACCCAAAACACUCUCAAUUCGUAACUGUUUUAUAUUUUGGCAAUAUUGGUGGCUAAUUCGUAUUUUCGCCCCACUGCAUGUUAUGUUUCGAGGUGGGGUUUGAAAGAAAAUCUGUACAAAUUGCAUUGUACGAAUUCAUACGAAAUCACCACCUUCUAAAAUAGUUUUCAUAAGAUUCAGUUGCAUUUACCAUAGUUUUUCUUCAUCUCAGCAUCGAUCUGUAUACUUGUGCUGAAGUCACAUUAUGGACAAAUCACAAAUUACAGACAUCAGACACUUAAAGACACCAUGAACGUGAACUCAUGAGUUGUUUUAUAGUUUGAUCUGUGGCUAAAUGAUACAUUAAUGGUGUAGUUGAGCAAUAAUGAACAGACAUAACUUUUAUUAUGAUUUCUGGCCAAUUGCAUGAAGUUCUUGAGAUGGAUCAUCUUGAUCAUUUUGUUCUUAAAUCCAGUUUUUGUCUUGGUCUCGGGCAAUAAAUAAAUAAAUUAACACCAUAAUGAGGGCAUUUUUAGGCUGAUGGAGCUUUUUUACUGAGUUCUACACUGCUGAAAGUGCAAACAGUAUGGGAGAUGUGUGACACAGCGAUGUCAAAUCAUUGUCAGUUUAUUUCCUGUAUGAACACAAACCUGAGAUGUCCACUACUGCACCUUCCCUCCCUCUGAGUCUCAUUCAGUCACACUGUUGUCAGUGCUGUUGUCACUGUCAAUGCAGCAGCCGCUGUCACGUGUCCUGGUCUUACAUUCUGACAGUCUCGAUUGCAACCCUGCAUGCUAAAAAGAGCAAGAUGACAUGUAUUGCAGGAAGUCUUCAGUAUUUUCACUUAUCAUUAGUGAUAUCCAUAGGCAAGUCUUGAGGAAUUGCUUUUUUUUUCAGGUCACUAAUCAUGUAAAAACUCAAUUUCAGGCUUUUCAGAGGCUAAAAGAUAAAGGUGAGAAGCUUGAAAGCAGUCGAUCUCUGAUCUAGUUUGAUCUAUUUGUUCAAGUGCGAUUCACCGGGUCACUGCAUGACGAUCUGGUCCGGCUCAAAGCAUUUCCUGUGAUAUUCUCUGCUGUUUUAUAUAAACAUUUUUUACUGGAAAUGUCCAGGAAAGAUAUUGUCAUGGCAUAUCAGGUUUCCAGUUAGCUGUGCUUUUCUUUGCGUUUGACUAAUUAACUAAUUACAUUUGUUUUCAAGCAGUUGUUUUUACAUUUCUGAACAAAAAAAAAAAUGAAAGAACCGAAUUCUCUUCUUUGAUAUUUCAGUCUUUAUUAUGUGCUCAAGCAGCUGUGUGUUCAUCAACAUAAUGCUCCUGUUUCAAUAGUUAUACCUUAGCAAAAAAAGAAUGUAAAUCAUAGGAGGAAAUAUAUAUUAUAUAAAAAAUUGUAUAAUAUACAAAAAAUAUAUAUAUGAACUAUUGUUAUUUAUGUGAGUCCAAAUAAAAGUCUGAUCCCAAA